GAUUCUGCAGUAGCAAUGAAGGCUUUGGUUGAGUAUACAGUGAGGCAGCGAAUUCGUGAUGUGUCGUCCUUGUCUGUGACUGUGGAAGCCACGUCACUUCAAGGUCAUGUCAGGAAUCUAUAUGUCAAUGAGAAGAAUCUUGCCCAGCUCCAGAGAAUAGAGAUUCCUGAGGCAUGGGGCACUGUAAAGGUACAGGCCAAAGGAGCUGGCUAUGCCAUUCUACAGAUGUCAGUGCAGUACAAUGUGGACAUCGGCAAGUUCCAGACAGAACCACCAGUGCGAGCUUUCUCACUGUACACACGAGCCGACUUUCAUGGCAGGAAUCAGUCUCACAUCACAUAUCACUGCUGCCAGAG